UUUGUGACGUUUCUGCAACCGCACACAAUGGCCGCGGUUCACAACAACAAAUAAAUUGCGCAAAUCGAGCAAAUCAUUAAUGACGGAAUUCCCUGGAAAACCCGCACAAUUUUUGAUCGGCCACCGAAUAACCUAACCCUUGGCCGCGUCAUUUUCAACAGUGCCUUUCGUGUGAUGUGAUGUUCCCGUGAUGUUUCGACGGAACAACAAGGAAAAUAAAGCCAAGUUAGAACAUAAAUUAUACCUUGCCAGGGAGGCCCCCGAGCCCGUUUUCGAUUUGUCCGAGUGCGGCUUGCGACAGGUCCCCCAAGGGAUCUACUCGCUAUGUCGGGUGUUCCUCAAAGAGGUGCUACGGUUAGACGGCAACUACUUGUCGUCGUUGACCGGAGGCGGGCAGCUGAAGGACCUACUUCAAUUAAAAAUAUUGGAUCUACAUAAUAAUGCCUUUGUGUAUCUUCCCGAUGAUAUACAGUUGUUGAAAAACUUAAGGGAACUCUAUUUGAACGAUAAUCAAUUAAAAAAGUUGCCUGAAACUCUUUGUACUUUAAGUAAUUUAGCUGUGUUAAAUGUCGCUAAUAAUUCGUUAAAAUCGCUGCCGGAAAAUGUAGGGAAUUUGAAAAAUUUAAAGUUAUUGAGUAUUAAUGCUAACAAACAUUUAAAACAUUUGCCCAAAAGUAUUUGUAAAGCGCAGAGAUUGGCGAUCUUGGAAGCCGACGCUGCUAAUUUCGUUUAUCCACCGAGUGGUAUUGUGGAGGGUGGAACUGAAGCCAUUAGAAAAUAUAUCUGUGAUGAUGUGGGUGUUGAUUAUUUAGAUUUUGAGCAAGAGUGUGAACAAGAAGCGAUUGAUGAUGGCGGGGACCAAAUUGACGCUUUUGAGGCCAAAAUAUGGAAGCUAGAAAAUAUUAAGAAACAAAGAUUACAAGAUUUCUUAGAGAUGGAACGGGCGAAUGAGUUAUUACAAAAACAAGAGUUUGAAUUGGCCAAUGCCCAAAAGGUCAACAAAGAGAAGCUACUAGCGGACAUCACUCACUUACAAAACAAAUUUGACAAGCAGCUGUUGAAAGUACAACAAGAAAAGGAAAUUGAGCGGUUCAACUUGGUCGAGAAAGUUCUGCAAGACGAACAAAAAGCCGACUGGGCGAUAAAGCAGCUACUGGAAAUGAACAGUGAGCCCCUGGCGCAGCUCCUAGAACAAGAAAAAGAGGAAGAGGAGCGUUUGUUGGCCGCCGCCAACAAAUACAACGCAGCUUUACGCAAAGACGACAUUUUGGAGGACAUGCAAGUCCUGCUUGAGCAAGAACUGCUCAGGUUUCAGCAGUUCCACGAGAGUCGUCUAGAGGCAUCCAAAACCAUUUUGGAACAGUAUGAAACAACCAUUCUCACACUAAGUGACUCAUUUUUGUCUUUCAGAGAAACCGAUCACGACUACCGCGUUUCCGAGAUAUUGCAAAAUCAGGAUUUGCACAAAGCCGAGCUUUUACUGAAGUUGCAUGAAGACAGUGACUUGCAGAAAGCCGCAGUCGGGACUUUGCUGGAACGAGGCGACGCUAGGAGUUGGGGAUUGUUACAGCAGGUUAAGUUGGUAGAAACGCAGUUGGCAGCACUGACAGUCAUUGAAAUGGAGAAGCGGAAAUUAGAAAUUGAUCAAAAUUUGAAUGAUUUGUGUGAAAAACGAAUGCAUUUGUCGUGUUUAUUGAUUGACUUGUUGGAGCAGCAGAAAGAUAGACGGACGCAAUUGUUAUCCACGCUGCAAAAUUUGGAAGAGUUUAACGAUAAUUCAGACGACUUUUGGUUGAAGCAGUAUCAAAGAUUACUGGAUAAGUUGCCCACUGGUUUAUCAGAAGCCCAAAAGAAUAUUGAUCCAGUUCUAGCGCAAGCUCUACUCAUGAAUGGAGUGAUUAGUUGUUUACCGUUUUUGGCGAACAUGACACAGUGCCAAUGUGAUCUCGAUAAAAUUACAGAUGAUGAUUUAAAGGAGGCCGGAAUUAGUAACAGAUCUGAUAGAAUUCACACUUUAGAUGCAUUCCAAAUGUACAAAAAGGAGCUGGUGAGUCGUUCCCCGGUCACGCCUACCGCUCCAGUCUUGCCUGUAGAGGAAGCAAGCGCCCCACCUCUUGAAACCGUUUCAAACAUGACCACAGAAUGCGUUAUUUGCAUGGACAAAUCCUGUGAAGUAAUUUUCGUGCCAUGUGGACACUUUUGUUGUUGUUCUGAGUGUCCCACCACAUUGACAGAUUGCCCAAUGUGUCGAUCGCCCAUUGAGCGCAAAAUAAGAAUAAUCCCUACAUAAUUUUCCACUAUCCAACAAAGCUUAAAGACAUUUAACUGCCAAAGAUAAAUUCGUACUGCUCAUUGGUGUUUAUUUUAUUACUAAUGAACAAAUGUGAAAUGCACGAUUCUGUGUGGCCUUAAAACUCAAUCUAGUCUUAAAUCUCGCGUGGUUUUAUAUUUAAUAAGUUCUAAAUAGUUGUUGAAGUUUUACUCAAUUUUUGCAUGUUACUUUAUUUUCAACAUUAAAGUCAUGAUAUUGUGGUUUUUUAAAUAAAAUAUAUUUAGAAAAACUGAA